UAUUACAAUCAUGAAUGCUCGAUUGAUAGUUUUUCCAAUCAAAGGAAGAAACUGGUGUUUUAGCAGAUCAGUUAAUCCAUCAGCUAUUACUAGCGAGUCGGAAUCCCAUUCUGCUCAAGCUUCUCCCACUCUUAGAGGUCUUUGGAAGAAAAUCUCCUCUAAUGGGAAACCAAUGAAUGAGAAUGCCGAACUCAUUGUAGACUUUAUCUCUGAUAAGAUGAAUCGAGCUUGGAUGGGUUUUGAGAGCGCUCCUGUUGGAAGUUUAAAAAAUAAGAUACAUGGUUUGGGACUGCGUCUUUUGUCUGGUGUUAAACCUUCUGAGAUUUUGUUGAAAUCCAUUACUAAGGAUGUUACGAAGAUCGAAAUUACCUAUCCGAAAAGCCCCAUACUUGCUUAUUGAGGACAACUUUCUUGAAACAUUGCAGCUUAAAUCCACGUCUGGUACGCCAAAGGUUAAGACAUAUUGCUAUGAGGUAAACUAUUUUCUUAGCUCUUGAGGAUUUAACAUAUCGAGGUUUAUAAGCUUGGUUCAUUUUGGGGUGUAUGCUAGUAACAACUCAUUU